CUAUUUGGUUCUGUUCCGAAGAAAGAGAAAGGCAAAAAGAAAAGAAGUGAACUCAACUCGUGAGGUGAGAUUCUUGAAAACACUGUGGAUGAUACUGCAAAAGAUCCUUGUCAAACUCCUUUGAUAACACCGGGGAGUCUUUUUCGGUGGAAAUAUCUACUGAACUGUUUUAACAAUGGGGGAAGAAGAUACAAAGGCAACCGUUGAGCCAACAGAAACAAAGACUAGCUCUCUUGAAAAGCCAUCAGAGGCUACGGAAGGAGAAAAAGAGGAGGGGAAGGCUGGAGGCAAGGAAACACAAGAACCUAAAAAGGAUGAGGAGAAGGCUGAACCUGAGAAAAUGGAGAUAGAUGCUGAGAUAAAGAAGGAUGAAGAUAAAGAGUUAGAGGUUGAGAGAAAUGAAGACGAUGCUAAGACUGAAAAAAUGGAAGAGGACGUUACUGUCACCAAAGAUGAGGGACAAACAGAGGCCACCGAGAUGGAUGAAGAUGCGGAUGGAAAGAAAGAGCAAACUGAUGAUGGUGUUUCUAGAGGUGGUACAGUGGAAGAUACUGUAAGGAAGGAAAAUGUGGAAUCUGGAGAUGGUAACAAUGACAGAGAUGAUGAAAAAGAAGAGAGUAAAGAGGCAGAUAUCACCGAAGCAGACCAGAAGAAAGCUGGGAAAGAAUCAGAUGAGGAUGUUAAAAAUGAAGGUGGGAAGGAAAAUGGAACAAACGAUGAGACUACAGGAGACAUUAAAGAGAAAGAUAAAAAAGUGGAGGCUGUUGAUGAAAAUAACAAGGAGGAGAAUGUGGAUGAGCAGAAUAAGGAGGAUUUGGUUGAAGAAGGAAAAGAACAGAAAGAUGAGGAAGUUGAAAAAGCAAAGGUGGAAGAUGAAGAAAGAAGUGAGGAUGAGAAUGGCAAUGAAAAAGUGGAGAGCAACCAUGCAAAGGAAGAUGAGAAAGAAGAGAGAAACGAUGAUAAGGAAGAUGAAAAAGCUGAGAGCGGUGAAGAGAAAGAAGAAGAGAAAGAAGAUGAACAAGCUGAGAGCGGUGAAGAUAAGGAAGAAGAGAAAGAAGAGAGCAAGAGUACUAAAAAUCGUGGGAAAGGAAACAGUUCUGCCAGAAAGAUUCGCAAGAAGACAAAGAAUGAGGAAGACAAAAAUGAUGAGAAAGAAGAGAGAAAUGAUGAUAAGGAAGAUGAAAAAGCUGAGAGCGGUGAAGAGAAAGAAGAUGAUAAGGAAGAUGAACAAGCUGAGAGCGGUGAUGAUAAGGAAGAGAGCAAGAGUACUAAAAAGCGUGGGAAAGGAAACAGUUCUGCCAGAAAGAUUCGCGAGAAGACAAAGAACGAGGAAGAAAAAAAGGAUGCAGAACCGAAGACUCCUUUCUCCGACCGCCCAGUGCGUGAGCGGAAAUCUGUUGAGAGGCUUGUCGCAGUGAUUGAUAGAGACUCUUCAAAAGAAUUCCACAUCGAAAAGGGGCCAGGCGCAUAUCUCAAAGAUAUUCCCACCGUUGCUUACAGGGUAACUAGGAAGAAGUCUGAAGAAACUUUGAAGUUGCUGCACACAAUUCUAUUUGGUGGGAGGAGAGGGAAGGCUGCUCAGGUCAAGACAAACAUAUUGGGCUUCUCAGGUUUUGUUUGGCAUGGAAAUGAGGAAAAGGCAAAAGAAAGGAUAAAAGAAAAGUUUGAAAAGUGCAUCAAAGAAAAACUGGUGGAGUUUUGCGAAAUGUUUGACAUACAUGUUACCAAGGCUACAACAAAGGAAGAUAUCGUCACAAAACUGUUUGAGUUUUUGAAGAAACCUCAUGGGAAAGGCGACGUUCCAGCUAAUGAGAAAGAAAAGUCAAGUAAGGGAGCAAAACGCAAGAGAACUCCCAAGAAAAGCUCGCCUGCAGCUGGGAGCUCAUCCUCCAAACGGUCAGCAAAGAGCCAACGAAAGUCUGAAGAAGGAACAAAGGCUGCCAAAAAGAGUUUAGCUCUUUCUGAAGAUGAGUCUGAAGAGGAGAAAGAGGAAGAAAAACAAGAAGAGGAAGAGAAUGAAAAUGGUAUUCCAGAUAAAUCUGAGGAUGAGGCACCUCAGCCUUCUGAAAGCGAGGAGAAAGAUGAAUCUGAAGAGGAAACGCCGAAGAAGAAACGUGGUUCUAAACUCUCAGCUGAGAAGAAAGAACCAGCAGGGAGAGCCAGGAACAAGAAAGCGGCUGUAGCUGCAAAAUCCAGCCCUCCCGAGAAAGUUACACAGAAACGCUCAUCAGCAAAAAGAAAGAAGACAGAUGAUGACAGUGAUACAAGUCCAAAGGCGUCCUCUAAGAGGAAGAAGUCUGAAAAAGUUACCAAGGCCUCCUCGACCCCUUCAAAGUCUGCAUCAAAAGAGAAGCCAGAUGUAAAAGUGGCUGGAAAAGGGAAAGAAAAGACCAAAGGGCCAAGCGAUAAAGUGCUGAAAGAUGCAAUCGUUAAGAUAUUGAAAAGGGUGGACUUUAAUACGGCUACAUUCACGGACAUCCUCAACGAACUUGCUAAGGAGUUCAAAGAGGAUCUCACCCCAAGAAAGUCAUCUAUAAAGCUGAUGAUCCAAAAUGAGCUCACCAAGUUAGCUGAAGAGGCUGAAGAAGAGAAGAUAGAGGAGGAGAAAGAAGAAGAUGCAGAGAAGGAGAAAGCAAGAGGGUCUGCUGGUAGUAAGAAGGAGAAAGAAGAGGAUGCAGAUAAGGAGAAAGCAGGAGGGUCUGCUGGUAGUAAGAAGGAGAAAGAAGAGGAUGCAGAGAAGGAGAAAGGAGGGUCUGCUAGUGAUGAGGAGGUGAAAGCCUAGACUCCUUUCUGAUCACAUGGCACAUACUGAGACUCUCCCCCUUAGCCUUCUGUUGUUGUAUGAUGCUUAGUAGACAUUUAUCUGGCAAAUGUACAAGUUAAAACCGUGAAUGUGUUCUUUUCUUGUUUUGUUUAGAGUCUGAACCAGCUUUACUUUUGGUAAGAGACGAGAGGAAGAAGCUGCAUAGCCAAAAAAAGAUAGGUUGCUUGUAUGUCUAUACCAUUUAACAUUAAGCCUCCUUGGAUUGUCAUUUGA